AGAGUAUUGGGGAGAGAGCGGCUUUCCGGUUUGAAUUGGAACCGGAAGGAAGGGCUUAAUAAGGAGUGUAUGUGGCUGUAUGUUUUAAUGUCUGUGUUUGACUUAACCAAGUUGGAGGACUGCAACAAAAAGAGAGAGAGAGUUGCCAUCACAGAUCUUGGUUGCGUGAUCAGAAUGAAACAGGAAGGAAGAAAAUAAUAAUAAUAGUGUCUUGACAUUCUCAGCUUUAGGCAAGGAUUCCUGAUGGUCUGAGGCUGAAAAGGAGUUUUUCAACAGGGGGAUAAUGAUGGUUUUUAUAGCAAGGAGACAGCUGCUACAGUUAUGGGGGAGAAAUGGCUUCAGAAAAGGCUUGAAGCAGAAGAAUCCAAGCAGCUGUUCACUUUGGAGAUGCUGCCAUCAUGGAACAUCAAGGGGACUCCUACAUCCAGAGAUGAGAGCGUUUCUGGAGGAGAACACUGAAAUUAUCAGCCGUGGGAACCUGACACCAGAAAUAAGUUUACGACUACUGACGCCUCGCUGCCAAUUUUGGCAUGAAAAAGCUACCUUAUGGCCAUAUGGAGAGCCCUACUGGGCUUUCUACUGGCCAGGAGGCCAAGGACUAGCCAGAUACUUUCUUGAUAACCCCAAGGUGGUCAGAAGAAAGAAGGUUCUGGAUCUUGGUAGUGGCUGUGGAGCAACUGCCAUAGCAGCUAUGAUGAGUGGGGCAUCACAGGUUGUAGCCAAUGACAUUGAUCCUGUUGCAGCAGCUGCCAUGGUGCUAAACUGUGAGUUAAACAAUGUGAAUCCCUUCCCUGUUCUAACGGAGAACUUGAUUGGUACAGAGCUGGACAGUUGGGAUCUUAUUGUUUUAGGGGACAUGUUUUACAGUGAACAGCUUGCAGACAGCCUUCACCAGUGGCUGAAGAAAUAUGCUCAGGCUCCUGGGACUCAAGUACUCAUUGGGGACCCUGGCAGACCACAUUUUGUGACCCACCAAAUUCAGAAAGAGUUGCACAGAGUCAAGGAGUAUGUCCUACCUAAGGCAACGGCAAAAGAAAAUAAUGGCUCCACCAGUACUGUUGUCUGGCACUACCAACCUUGACUCUCAAACGGAUUGCUGUUGUGCACACAGUUGUGUUUGGCGGCUCUCAUUCUGUCUGGGGACAACACUUGUGGUUCAUUGUGCAUUAAUGAAUCACUGUUGACUUAUCCCAACUGAAGAUGCCACUAAAACAAAUAGGACAACAGUAAGAAUGUUUUUAAAUCAUACAGUAUUGCCUUAUAAUGCUUCCUGUUGGACAGUGGAAAUAAAAUG